UUAUUGGAAAGCCCGAGGAUGCAGAGAAGGUCCUCCUCUUUGAAUGGCAGGAGCAGCACGAUGUGGACCUUCAGCCUGCUCCUCUUCUGGGGUUGGCAGCCCUGGUCAACACAGGCGGAUUUUGGUUCUUCUGACUGGUCGGUGAACAGUGAUGCUGUGGAUCCUGCCUCAACCUUAGGAACUCCAAAUACGAAUGAGUGUUGGGACACCACCACGUGUCCAGCUUAUGCCAUCUGCACCAACACUGUGGGAAGUUACUACUGUACUUGUAAACGAGGCUUCCUGUCCAGCAACGGACUGACACAGUUCAGAGGCCCAGGGGUGGAAUGCAAAGAUGUAGAUGAAUGUUCUUCAAGUCCCUCAAAAUGUGGUCCUAACUCAGUCUGCAAAAACCUGCCGGGGAGGUACAAGUGCAGCUGCUUGCCUGGUUUCUCUUCUCCCACUGGGGAUAACUGGAGCCCGGAAAAGCCCGGCCAUUUCUCCUGUACAGACAUCGAUGAAUGCCUCGACAGUGGAGUCUGCCCAGAGCAUUCUGAGUGUGCCAACUCUUUGGGAAGCUACAGUUGCCACUGCCAAGAUGGAUUCAUCUUUAACAACUCUCUCUGUGAAGAUGUGGAUGAAUGUGCCGAUCCCAGAGCUUGCCCGGAGCAUGCGACCUGUCACAACGGUUUUGGAAGCUACUCUUGUGUCUGCAACUCAGGAUUUGAAUCCAGCAGUGGAAACAGGAGUUUCCAUGGCCCAGGAGGAAUGUGUGAAGAUGUGGAUGAAUGUUCCAGAAACUCGACUCUUUGUGGUCCCAAUACUGUCUGCACCAACAUCCCAGGAGACUACAGUUGCUCCUGCCUGCCUGGGUUCAUUUCGCCUGAGUUUUGGACCCCCAAGCAACCAGAGGCUUUCAAAUGUACAGAUAUUGAUGAGUGCCUGGAUAUGUGCCCUUUCAAUGCAACAUGCACCAAUACCCUUGGGAGCUACUUUUGUACCUGUCACCCUGGCUUUGCACCAAGCAAUGGACAGCUGAACUUCACAGAGCAAGAGGUGGAAUGUGGAGAUAUUGAUGAGUGUGUGCAAGAUCCAUCACCAUGUGGCCCCAAUUCUGUCUGCACCAAUGCCCUGGGCUCCUACAGCUGUGGCUGCAUGGUGGGCUUCCGCCCCAAUCCGGAAGGCUCCUGGAAAUACGGCAACUUCAGCUGCAAACGAGUUCCCUUCAAGUGUAAAGAAGAUGUGAUCCCCAACAAUAAACAGGUCCUGCUAUGCCAAGUGGGAACAGCAGUGGAGCCUGAGGAUGUUUCGUUUUGUGCACUCAUGAAUGCCACCUUCAGCGUUCUGGAUGAGAACUGUGCAAAUAAAACCACUGCCGUUUCUCUGAAGAGUACGGCUGAGAGCUUUGCCUCUGUGCUCGAACAAACAUCCACGUGGUCCAACUUCACCAAAGAUGAGACAUCCACGCUGGCCACUGUCUUACUGGAGAGUGUGGAAAGCACCGCUUUGGCAGCUUUUCUGAAACCCUCAACGAACGGCAGUCAGACUGUUCGGACGGAGCACUUGGAUAUUGAGAGCAAAGUUAUCAACGAAGAAUGCGCUGAAGAGAAUGUCACCUUUAACUUGAAAGCCAAAGGGGAUGAGAUGAAGAUCGGCUGUUCCACAAUCGAAGAAUCUGAAUCUAUAGGAACCACUGGGGUGGCUUUUGUCUCUUUUGCGGGUAUGGAGUCUGUGCUCGAUGAGAGCUUCUUCCAAGACCCUCAGACCCCCUUGGCCAACUCCAAGAGGAAGCUGAAGAUGAAUUCUCGCAUCAUUGGGGGCAUCAUGACGGGGGAGAAGAAAGAUGGGUUCUCUGACCCAGUCAUCUACACCCUGGAGAACAUCGAGCCAAAGCAGAAGUUUGAGAGGCCCAUCUGUGUUUCCUGGAGCACAGACGUGGGGAGCGGUAGGUGGACACCAUCUGGCUGUGUGGUCCUUGAAGCUUCAGAGAUGUAUACCGUCUGCAGCUGUAAUCGACUGGCAAACCUGGCCAUCAUCAUGGCUUCUGGGGAGCUCACGAUGGAUUUCUCCUUGUACGUCAUUAGCCUCGUGGGCAUGAUCAUCUCCCUGGUGUGUCUCCUCUUGGCCAUCGCCACUUUCCUGCUGUGUCGUGCCAUCCGCAACCGCAACACCUACCUCCACCUGCACCUCUGCGUGUGCCUCUUCUUGGCCAAGUUUCUCUUCCUCACCGGUGUAGACAAGACCGACAACCAGAUAGGCUGCGCCAUCAUCGCGGGCUUGCUGCACUACCUCUUCCUCGCCUGCUUCUUCUGGAUGCUGGUGGAGGCCGUGAUGCUCUUCCUCAUGGUCAGGAACCUCAAGGUGGUGAAUUACUUCAACUCCCGCAACGUCAAGAUGCAGUAUCUCUGUGCCUUUGGCUACGGGCUCCCAGGGCUGGUGGUGGUUGUCUCGGCCAGCGUGCAGCCGCAGGGCUACGGGAUGCAUAAUCGCUGCUGGUUGAAUACCGAGACAGGGUUUAUCUGGAGUUUCCUGGGGCCGGUUUGUACAAUCAUACUGAUCAAUUCCGUCCUCCUGACUUGGACGUUGUGGAUCCUGAAGCAGAAACUUUCCAGCGUCAAUGCUGAAGUCUCAACACUCAAAGACACCAGGUUGCUGACGUUCAAGGCCUUUGCCCAGCUCUUCAUCUUGGGGUGCUCCUGGGUGCUGGGCAUUUUCCAGGUAGGACCCAUAGCCAGUGUCAUGGCAUACCUGUUCACCAUCAUCAACAGCCUGCAGGGAGCCUUCAUCUUCCUCAUUCACUGCCUGCUCAGCCGCCAGGUACGGGAGGCAUACUGGCGAUGGAUCACCAGGAAGGCCAAACCCAGCUCCCAGUCCCAGACCUCAGGGGUCAUACUGACAUCCAUCGCCUCCACCUCCAAAGCGGCUUAAAGCCUUUUCUUGCUUUUUAAUACGGUAUGGAGCAACAUUGGAGAAAAGCAAGUGUCUACAAGAGCCUGUCCUGAAAUCUUCUCUUCCUGGCUUAAUGCAGAAAUACAAGAUGACACCAGCCCAAGAAUAUCCUGGGCAACGCAGAGAGCAGAUGGGUGGGCAGUCUCCCCAUCAUUUUGUGUUCUGGUGGGAAAUGAGAGUUUCCAUUCCAGAUGACAAUUUCACCCUCUGUGUCCUGCAAAUCUUUGCCUUUCCAGAGUUUUGUGAAAAUAACAGAUAGUGCAAUGGCGUGAGCAAGAUCAUCUGGCUGCCAUUUUGGUUUUUUCUUAUGUUCAUUGUUGUGUGGCUCCAACCGUACCCCUCUAGCAGCUGCCACGUGCCUGACACAGCACGAUGCUCAGUAAAGGAUUUGCCACGUGACUGGCUUACCCUUUGACAAACACUAUUCCUACCUUCAAAGAAAUGGUCAGUAAAACUGUAAUGACAGUCCCAGGGGGACAAAUAAAGCACAUAGACAUAUAGGCUACUUUGACAGAAACACUCGAGAUUUACGAAGGUAAGUAGGAGUGGUUGGUGGAGCAGGACUCUACCAUCUCGUGAAGGGUUGAAACUUGAUGACAACAGCCUUUGGAAAGUGUUUUGGUUUCCUGGGACCUUUUAGGGAACCAUUUCCCUUCCUUCCAGGAACUUUUUUCUGAGUUGGCCAGGAUUUACACUGCUCACAAAGGUAUCACUGUCCCACCUUGCUCCCCCAUAAAGCCUGAAGUGCCAGGGAGAGAAGGAGAGGAAAAUUUUAACUGUAGAAAUUCUCCUUUCAGUGGCCUCUCCAGUACCUCACUACUCAAAGGGUGGUCCAUGGGUCAGCAUCACCUCAUUCAUUGGAAAUGCAGGAUCUCAGACCCCGCCCCAGAUCUGCACAACCAGAACUUGAAUUUUACCGAGAUCCCCAGGGAAUGUGUGCUGUAUCCCUGAAUGAAUAUUCUAGAGUAUGCUAGAAUAUUCUUCGGCUUGCCAUGAUGUUAGCCAGAAAGGAAACAUCUUGAGUUUAGAACUUCUACCUGCCACUCCCUCUUCAUAGGACACCUUUCCUGAAACUUUGACAAAUUUCUGCCCCCACUUUGAGUCUCAGCUUAGUCAUCACUUCCACCAGGAAGCAUGCGCUGAAUCUGAAGUAGGAUUCGAUGUCACCUCUGUGUGUCCCCUAAGGCUCCCUGCUUUUGAGCCCUGUAUUAGAAUUUUUCUUUUUCUAGGGUGUUUCCAACAUAGAUCCGUGAGUACAGAGGACUAUAUUUAGUAGAGUCUCCAUAAACAUAGGAUGAAUAAAUGAUUGCUCUCCAUUUUGAAGAUAAGGAACCCGAGACUCUGAGAGGUUAAGUAACUUCCUCAGCAUCACACAGCCACAGGUGGCUGAGCUGGGUUUUGAGCCCUUGACCAUGGAGUUCUUCUUCCCAACCCCUUGUCCCUCUCCUUCUCUUCCUUUGAUCCUAUAAAUUCUUAGUUUGGGGAUGCAGAGAAAGAUUAAAUAUUUACUUUGAGUCACCUUACUAUUUAGGAUUGAAUUAGUUCAGUAAUGAUCAUGUAUAAGACAAUCUGAUCAUGAAACUUGAUGGAGGCUCAGUGUUUGUUAUUUGUGGCACUGACAGCUUGAGAGGGGAGCUGAGACAGCUGAUCAUUUAUGAUAGGUUGGCCUUUAAUGCUUGGCUUGUCCCGAGUGUUCAGUGCAGAGGGGAUAGUUGUAAGGGAUAUUGAAGCAAGAAAUGGCAUGGUUUCUUAACCGUAGCCAGCUGUGGUAGGGUGAGUGCGUCAGUGGCAUUAACGGAUGGUCUCCAUCUCUCCCUACCCCUUUCCCCGUAACUGUAACCACUCCCUACUCUGACUCUGGCUUGGCCUUGAAACUUGCUUGGGGCGAUGCAAUUUUAGCAAACAGGAGUCCAAGAGAGGUUUCCACACUGGAUGUGCAUUCCUCCUUGCCCUUUACAUGCCUGGCCUUGCUUGCUUUGGCACUCCUGCCUCCAUGAGAACGCGCCCAGGCUAACCUGCUGGCGGCAUGUGAAAAACAAAUGGAGGAUCCAUCAGUAAAGAUUUUAAAAAACAACAACACAAAAACAAGUGGAGGAGGGCUCAGCCAUCCCAUUAGGGCAGCUGGGACUGUCCUUACCCAGCCACCUAGCCGGCUUGUAGCUGACUAGUCUCAGGACUGAGCCGGCCGAAUCAGCACCUGCCCACCCAUGGACUCAGGAUCAACAAUCAAGUAUCAAGGUUUUAAGGCAGAUUUUCAGGAGUGGUUUGCUAUUAAGCAUUUCUGUGGCGAUUGCUAGCUGAUGACAACCAACGGGCUGUUAACAUUUUGCAUUUGAUUGCAGCGAUUUGAGUACUAAGAAGGGUUUGAGUCUUCAUUUCCUCUUAGCUAUCAGGAUGUGUAAAUCUGUAUGCUUGAACAAAGUUCUUUCUGACAGGAGCCUCGCACAAGGCUUUGUCUCUACCCGUGUUACAUGUUGCUCUAAAACAGUUGCCCUCAGGAACCCUGUAUUUCCUAUGUAAUUGAAUAAAGCUGUGACCUCCA